GGGAGAAAUUGACAGAAUGGCAGAAGGCGCUGUACCGGGAGGUGAUGAGGGAGAAUUACGAUCAUCUGAUUUCACUAGGAUAUCCAGUUCCCAGACCUGCUCUUGUGUUGCUGAACAAUCCGGAGGAAGAGCCAUCGCUCUGGGAGCAUCAGGAUCUGGAAGAAAGAGAAUUACCUGAGACUGAUUUCAGGCUCCUAAUUAAGGAGGAUGAGGAUGAUAAGGAAACUGCUGAGAACCUGGGACAACUCGAGACACCAUUCAGAGACCCGGAAAAGGAAUAUAAUUUGCUUUUUUCCAUCCAGGGCAGCCUUGCUGUGGGGAGGAGAAGCAAACUAGCUCAAGCCCACCUGAAAGGAAAGCAUGUUGAAACCACAAAUCCACAGCAGCUCAGCCCAGAUGAGAAACCUCACCAAUGUAGCGAAUGUGGGAAAAGCUUCCAGAAGCGUGGGAAUCUGAAACGCCACUUUCGGACGCACAGCGGGGAGAGACCCUACCCCUGCCCGGAGUGUGGAAAGAGCUUUCGCCAAAAGCACCAUCUGGUAACGCAUCAGAGAACCCAUUCAGGGGUGGCGCCGUAUAACUGCCCCCAAUGCAGGAGGAGCUUCAGCACAUCAGCCCACUUUAAAACACACCAGAGCACCCACCUGGGGGAGAGGGUGUUUCAUUGCAGCGAGGGUGGGGAAGGCUUCCAGACACACAGGGUUCUUCAGGUUCACCAGCGAACUCACGCUGGGGAGAAGCUGCAUGUGUGUAACGACUGUGGGAGAAGUUUCAGCUGUAAGCAAACCCUUAGGGUCCACCAGAGAAUCCACACUGGAGAGAAACCUUACAGAAGCCCUGGCUGCGGGGAAAGCUUUUGCAUGCCCGUGCAUCUCAAAUUGCACCAGCAGAUCCACACGAGGGAGCGGCCCCAUACGUGCGACGAGUGUGGGAAAAACUUCUGGAAGAGUGAGCACCUGAAGAGGCACAAUCGGAUCCACACAGGGGAGCGACCCUUCGCAUGCACGGCGUGCGAGAAGAGCUUCAUCCAGAAGCAGCACCUGGUGAAGCACCAGAGGACCCACACGGGCGAGCGGCCCUACCUGUGCAGCGAGUGCGGGAAGAGCUUCCGGAUACGCAGAGAUCUCAGCGUUCACCAGCAAACCCACACGGGAAAGAGGCUCCAUGUGUGUGAGGCUUGCGGGAAGAGCUUCAGCCACAGACAAUCGCUCGUGAGGCACGCGAGAACUCAUGCCGGGGGGAGCGCCUACACGUGUGACCACUGUGGCGAAAGCUUCGCGGUGCACAAGCAGCUCCGACAGCAUCGGCAAAGUCACGCUGCGCAGAAGGCCUCCGAGCACACCUGCAGCGAGUGUGGGAAGAGCUUCCGGAAGAGCGAGAACCUGAAGCGCCAUUUUCACACACACACAGGGGAGCGCCCAUUCCUCUGCACCGAGUGCGGGAAAAGCUUCAUCCAGAAGCAGCACCUGGUGACGCACCAGAGAAUCCACACGGGCGAGCGGCCCUACCUGUGCAGCGAGUGCGGGAAGAGCUUCAGCACCAGCGAGUGCCUGAAGAUCCACCGGAGAAUCCACACGGGCGAGCGGCCCUACCUGUGCAGCGAGUGCGGGAAGAGCUUCCGGACACACCGGGUGCUGAAAGUUCACCAGCAAACUCACACCGGGGAGAGCCUCUUCAUCUGCUGCGACUGCGGCAAGAGCUUUCGGCACAAGCAGACUCUGGUGACGCACCAGAGGACGCACACUGGCGAGAAGCCCUACAGCUGCAGCCUUUGUGGAGACGCCGUCAGGACUCUUAAGCUCCUCAGGAUGCAUCAGCACAAGCACACAGGGGUCCGGCUUUACACCUGCAGCGAAUGCGGGAAGAGCUUCCAGAAGGGCAAGAACUUGAAACGCCACUAUAAGACUCACACGGGAGAGAGACCUUACCAGUGCACCCAGUGCGGAAAGGCCUUCAGUCAGAAGCAUCAUCUCCUCAAGCACCAGCGGACCCAGCACGGGGACAGAGCAGAUGUGGGUGGGGGAUACGCACCCGUCUUCCCCCAGGGUGAAUGUCUGCAGUGUCCCCUGGAAACCCACCUGUACAGGGAGGAGCUGAGUGGGGAGCUCCCAUUCCGGGUGGUCAUUGUCGAUGACUUUCCUUUUCCUGGCAAUGAGGCACCGGGGUAAUGGCCUAUCUGGAAGGAGAUGGCAGAUGAACAUCUCAAGCAUUGGGAACUGAA